AUGGUGGAAUCGAGACCAGCUGGGCCCCCUAAGAUUGAAAAGAGCAAGAAGACAAGUAAAAUCAAAAAAGUCGAUAGAACCAAACAGAAGAACGAAGUGCUGACAGAUGUCGUUAAAAGAAAGGCUCUAGAGGAGCCUCACCUGAGCAGCGAUGAGCGCGUUGAUGUCGGACUCAAGAGCCUUGACGGAGUCCUCAAUCUCACCACCGCAGACAGGGGACUCGCUGAUGAUGGGCUGGAGGUAUUUCUGGAUCAAAGUCAGACACUCAAGGAGCUUGGCGACAUCGGCGACUCCGCUCAGGUCGUAGUUCUUCAGGAGAGAGCUCUUGGUCGUCAGAGUGUUGACCAGGGUAUCCUCAUUCUUGAUGAGGGUGUUGGCGGCGGCGCACAGGUCCUUUUGGUCCUGCUGGGAGACAGUGCCGGAGCAAGGAAGGUUGGUGCCCUUAGCAAGACCAGUCAGGUUGUCCUUGACACCGUUAACGAUAGCCUAGAGAUGAUUAGCAAGCAGCGCUAUACAUGUGUGGAGAAGAUCUUGUUUAGAACAUACCGAGACGAGAUCGGCAAGGUUGGUCUGCUUGGACAGAGAGGCGUUGAGAUCGCUGAACUCGUUGGCGACGGAGUUGAUAGCAGAGACAGCGGUCUGAACACAGCUGGGCUCGCUGUCAGCGGGGACAGGAGCAGCAAUGGCAGUGGUAGCGAAGAGAGCGGCGACGAUGGGAAGCUUGAACUGCAUUUUGGCGGUUGGUGA